AUGCCGUCUGUCAGGCAGCUUCGUGCAUCCCGCUUUGAGCCCACAACCUUCACGUUGGCGGCGCUGGCUCCGCUGCUCGAGUUACUGGAUGCUCGCGAGGUAGCCACCCUUGUGUGUACCCAAAAAGCUGUUGGCCGUGAGGGCUGCGCCGCCGUUUGGUUCUGGCUAACAAGUCGCACUCGCGCACUGUUGCCUAACGUGAAAAUCUCGACCGCAUCGUCGCACUCGGACACUCUGCAAUUUGCAGUCAUGUUGCCACUACUGAGGCAAUUGCAGGCAGUUGCAUCGUACGAUUUCGAUUUACAUUUUGACGCUAGAAGACAUGGCGGCGACGUGUACUUGGUAGAGAAUGGAGACUGUUAUGUGUCACAUUGGGGACCCAACGGAGGUUCCAUGCUUGGUGACCGGGUGUGUGCUCCUGGGGCGGUGAGCUACUGGGAAUGUGUCGGGCUCAGCGAAGGCAGCUACAUUGGCGUCACCGAGGUUACGCAAACACAAGCAGGAUUCCGAUACUAUGGGGUGGACGCACAGCAUUUGAAACGGACGCUGUCGCUACCGACACCAGCGUGUGACCACAUGCCGGCAGUCAUGUAUUGUGAAGGUGGGUUCAUCACGACGGGCUCGUUCCGAGGACCCAAGCCUCAACUCCCUGCACAAGUGAAUUUCUUGGAUGCGGAUACAUUUAAAGAGGAAGAUCGAGUUGGAGUCGUGGUCGACUUACUAGCUGGUUUCCUGCUAUUUAUGCGUAACGGUGCGCCACAGGGAAUGAGGAUCCCGAUCGAUCGAUCGAAGAAAUGUCCGUCCUCCGUGGCAUAA